UUGUGGUAAUCAUCGACAUACUCCGCCAUUUACUGGAAAUUAUUAUGAAAAGUCUUUUGAGAAACACCCAGCUGCAACAAAGUCAAUAACGGAGACUCCUGUACUUGGAAGGAAGAGAGGCCGUCCUUCUACAAGAUCGAGGACGAGGGAACCAAAAAUGCCUGUAACACCAAUGAAGAGAUCAGCGACUUCUCAAUCGACGACUGGGAUAAAUAAAAAGAAUGUGAACACACCUAAACGGUCUAGGGGGAAGUCUGAAGCAAGAAGCGUCGAAUUGAUGGAUUGCCCGGCAAAAAAUCUUCGAUUUUCUAAGAAAAGGGAUGAGGGAAAGGCUCUUCAACAGUCCUUACAACCUCCUGUUCUUCGAAAUGAGACAGCAGCUCCCGAACCGGCACUCCAAUUUUCUCAGUUGUAUCAGCUUCAACGAGAAAAGAUUCUUGGUUCUGGUCAAUUUGGGACUGUGUUUAGUGCUGUACAUAGACAUUCAAGACGUGAAGUUGCUGUGAAGAUGAUAGCCAAAGAUCGUUUCUCCAAAAAAUCCUCAGCUGUGGAAACACUCAAAAGUGAAGUUGCUAUUUUACAAGCUGUUGAUUUUCAAGGAAUUAUUAAAUUGGAAAGUAUGUUUGAGACAAAAGAUAAAAUAUUUGUUGUUAUGGAGAAAAUGAAUGGAGAUAUGUUGGAAUUAAUUUUAAGUCAGGCGUCUGGUCGUCUUAAUGAACGUUCUGCCAAAUUUUUGAUUAUGCAAAUUUUAAGAGGAAUUGCACAUUGUGAUCUGAAGCCGGAAAAUGUUCUUCUUUCCGACUUUAAAUCAAAUUUUCCACAAACAAAACUUUGCGAUUUUGGCUAUGCUCGGUUUAUUGGAGAAACUCAAUUUAGAAAGACAAUUGUUGGAACACCUGCAUAUUUGGCACCUGAAGUACUUAAAAAGAAAGGUUACAAUAAAUCGUUGGAUAUGUGGUCUGUCGGUGUUAUUGUUUAUGUAACCCUUUCUGGUACUUUUCCUUUCAAUGAAAAUGAGGAAAUUACUGACCAAAUACAGAAUGCUGAAUUUAUGUUUCCUUCAAAUCCUUGGAGAGAAAUUGGCCGCGAGGCAAUUGAUUUAAUUCAGCAAUUACUUAAAGUUCAGAUUGAAGAACGCCUUAAUAUUGACGAGUGUAUUGCUCAUCAGUGGCUCCGUGACCCACAAGUACAUAUUUUUUUGAAAAAUAUUAAAUGUUGGGAUAAAGGGGUAGGGGUUUUUUGA